AUGUCUCCUAUGAAGAACACAUCAAACAUCUUGAUGCAAAAAUAUGAACUAGGUAGGUUACUUGGCAAAGGCACGUUUGGAAAGGUUUACUAUGGGCGUAGUACAAUAACUAACCAAAAUGUGGCCGUUAAAGUGAUUGACAAAAAUAAGGUUAUAAAAACAGGGCAAGCUGAUCACAUUAAAAGAGAAAUAUCUAUCAUGAGACUGAUCAAGCACCCAAAUGUUAUUGAGCUUUUUGAGGUCAUGGCCACUAAGAGUAAGAUUUACUUUGUUAUGGAAUAUGCUAAAGGUGGAGAGCUGUUUGGGAAGGUGGCCAAAGGAAAGCUCAAAGAAGAAGUUGCACACAAAUAUUUUAGGCAGCUAGUGAAUGCAGUGGAUUUUUGUCACAGUAGAGGUGUAAGCCAUAGAGAUAUAAAGCCAGAGAAUAUUCUGUUGGAUGAAAAUGAUAAUCUGAAGGUCUCGGAUUUCGGGUUAAGUGCUCUGGCUGAAUCCAAACAUCAAGAUGGCUUGUUGCACACAACUUGUGGAACACCUGCCUAUGUUGCUCCCGAGGUCAUCAAAAGAAAAGGUUAUGAUGGUGCCAAAGCUGAUAUUUGGUCAUGUGGGGUAGUUUUGUUUGUCUUACUGGCAGGUUAUCUUCCUUUUCAAGAUCCUAAUUUGAUGGUGAUGUAUAAGAAGAUAAACAAGGCAGAGUUUGCAUGUCCUAAAUGGUUCCCAGGAGUUCGGAGGCUAUUGAGCAAGAUGUUGGAUCCGAAUCCAGGCACUAGGAUUUCCAUAGAUAAGGUUAAGCAAUGUUCUUGGUUUAGGAAGUGGCCAAAUGGUAGACAGACAACACAAGAAGGGGAAAACAGGAGUGUCUCUCCUUCAAUUACGAAUCAUGCUGAGCAAUGUGGUGAUGGAAGUAACUGCUUAGCAGCAAAAGCAAGGCAAGAGCCAGUUGUGCCAGUAAGUAUAAAUGCCUUUGAUAUCAUCUCCCUUUCACCUGGGUUUAAUCUUUGUGGAUUCUUUGAAGACAGUUUUCAGAAAAGGGAAGCAAGAUUUUCUUCAAGACAACCAGCAUCUCUCAUUAUCUUCAGGCUGGAAGAAAUCGCCAAGCGGCUGAAGAUGAAAAUAAAGAAAAGGGCCGCGGGUUUGUUGAAAUUGGAGGGCCUUCAUGAAGGUAGGAAGGGGAUCUUAUCCAUUGAUGCAGAGAUCUUUGAGGUUACUCCACUUUUGCACUUGGUGGAGGUGAAGAAAUCAAAUGGAGAUACAUUGGAAUAUGAGAAAAUAUUGAAAGAAGCCAUAAGGCCUGCUCUUAAAGAUAUUGUUUGGGUUUGGCAAGGUGACCAACAACAGCAAUCACAAGAUUUGGAUCAACCGCAGCAACAACAAUCACAGUAA